UUGACUUUCAAUCUAGGAACUUUUCCAGGCAGAAUGAAAUUCUUAAUUUUGGCUCUUUGCGUUGCCGCAGCUUCAGCAGCUGUUGUUCCAUUAUCAGCUGAUCAAGCUUCACUUGUCAAAUCUUCAUGGGCUCAAGUUAAACAUAGUGAAGUUGAUAUUCUUGCUUCCAUCUUCACAGCCAAUCCAGACAUCCAAGCUCGUUUCCCUCAAUUUGCUGGCAAGGACAUCGACUCAAUCAAGGACACUGGUGCAUUCGCCACACAUGCUGGUAGAAUUGUUGGUUUCUUCUCUGAAAUCGUUGGACUUAUUGGAAAUCAAUCAAAUGUCCCAGCACUUUACACUCUUACCGAACAACUUGCUACAAGCCAUAAAGCACGUGGAAUCUCAACAGCUCAAUUCGGUGAAUUCCGUGCUUCACUUGUCUCAUACCUCUCAAACCAUGUCUCAUGGGGUGAAAAUGUUGCUGCUGCUUGGAACGUUGCUCUUGACAACUUCUUCUUCGUUCUUACCUCAAACUACUAA